UCUCCGUAUCAUCCAUUUCAAGGUGGCUGGUAAAGCUCGCGGUUACUGUUAGUAGUAGCUCCCCUCCAGUACCUUAUCGCCACCUCGAUAUGGUUUGGUUACUGCCGGCCUCAUCUCAGCUCGUUUCACCGGCAAUGGCCAUGCCCAAGCUCGCCGCGGUCAUGGCGUCGCUCUACCUACUUAUCGUGCUAACACGGUGCGACGCUGCCGCUGCUGGCGCGGGCGGCUCGACGAGCUGCCACGGCGGCAGAGCUGUGGGUAGGAGCGGCGGCGGCGGCCGGGGGAGGCCAAUUGUGAAGGCCGUGUUCGUGUUCGGGAGCUCGCUGGUGGACAACGGCAACAACAACUUCCUCAACAGCACCGGCGUGCGCGCCGACUACCUGCCCUACGGCGUCGACUUCCCGCUCGGCCCCUCCGGCCGCUUCUCCAACGGCCGCAACACCAUCGACGCGCUCGGGGAGCUUCUCCGCCUUCCCCGCGGCGGCCGCAUCCCGCCGUUCGCCGACCCGGCUACCAGGGGCCGCGCCGCGCUGCACGGGGUCAACUUCGCGUCCGGCGGCUCUGGCAUCCUCGACAGCACCGGCCAGGACACCGGCAAGGUGUUGAGCCUGAAGCAGCAAAUCAGCAACUUCGAGGCAGUGACUCUACCAGACCUUGGAGCAACGACAGCCAGCACUCAUCAUCAGAUGAAGGGCCAUGAUUUCUUGCACGAUUGCUUCCUGCCCAAGACCCUAUUCGUGAUCGGGACAGGCGGCAACGACUACCUGCUCAACUACUACCGGCCCAGAAGCACAACCAGGCCCCAGUUGUCAGACUUCACAAGAUCACUCAUCACCAAGCUCUCGGCCCAUCUUCAGAGGCUGUAUGCUCUGGGGGCGAGGAAGUUUGUGAUCUUCUCCAUCCAGCCCAUGGGGUGCACCCCCGUGGUGAGGGCGUCCCUCAACGUCACCGGCGCGGGCUGCGUCGAGCCGGUGAACGGCGCGGCGCUCCUCUUCAACGGCGAGCUCAGGUCGCUCGUCGACGCCGCGGGGCCGCGCAUGCCCGGCGCGAGCUUCGCCGUCGUCGACUCCUACAAGAUCAUCAAGGACCUGCUAGACCACCCAAGGGAACAUGGCAUCAGGGAGACGUAUCGGGCUUGCUGCAGUGAGAUGGGGUCAUCCGGGGUGCUGUGUAGGAAGGGAGGGCCCAUCUGCAGGGACCGGACCAAGUACGUCUUCUUCGACGGGCUCCACCCGACAGACGUGGUGAACGCCAGGAUCGCGCGCAAGGGAUUCGGCUCCGAGUCGCCGCGGGACGCGUACCCCAUCAACGUCAAGAAGUUGGCUAUGCUGUAGUGGCGGCGAUCCUUCGGCGUAUGAAGAGAGACAAUAGCAUUAGUAUUAGCACUAGUAGCACUAGUCUUAUCGUACCUAAGCAAAGCUAGUGGUACCAGCUAGCUUUGUAAUGCAGCAGUAGCGUUGUGUACUUGUGUUCUAUUAUUCGAUCAGGAUUCGCCGGUCA